AUGGCCGACCUCACAUCAUCUCUCUCCGUUCUUACGGAAAACCCCGCGAUGGCAAUCGUGAACGACCUUUACACCUCGUUCUCGGAGCGUCGGGCGUUGCUGAACCUGCCUAACCCCGGUACUGUGGACAACAUCGCGCGUGAGGUGCAGAAGGAGGUUCUGCUGUCCAAUUUCAUGUUCUCCGGCCUCCGUGCCGAUUUGACCAAGGUCUUUGGCAUGUCUCCUCUCUUCCGCGUGUCCCAUGCCUUCUCAAUGGGAGGCUCGGGCAAUCUGCCGCCCUACGCCUUCUCCUCGAUGUACGGCAGCCCCAAGGUCUUCAUGCAAGGUAACCUCGGCAGUGACGGCACCCUCUCCGCCGUCUACAAUUGGCGCUGGAACCAGGCCCUUGUCACCAAGACCAAUGCUCAGAUCAUGCCCGGUGGUGGCCAAGGUCUGAUGCAGAUCGACAAUGACUACACUGGCAAGGAUUUCUCUGCAUCUCUGAAAGCAUUCAACCCAUCCUUCCUCGAGGGCGGUUUGACUGGUAUCUUCGUUGGUAGCUACCUGCAGUCCGUCACCCCCGGCCUCGCUCUCGGUUUCGAGGCGAUUUGGCAGCGCCAGGGUCUGAAUGCUCGCCCCGAGACCGCUCUCUCGUACUGCGCCAAGUAUAAGGGUGACGACUGGAUUGGUACCGCUCAGUUGCAGGCUCAGGGCACCUUUGCCGCUACCUACUGGCGUAAGCUGUCCGAGCGCGUUGAGGCUGGUGUCGACAUGAAUCUCCAGUUCGCCCCCAACGCCGCUGCAAUGAUGAUGGGUGGCCCGAGCCGCGAUGGUACCACUGCUAUUGGUGCCAAGUACGACUUCCGCGCCUCUUCCUUCCGCGCUCAGGUUGACAGUGCUGGUAAGGUCAGCUGUCUGUUGGAGAAGCGCAUCGCCAUGCCCAUUUCUUUGACUUUCGCUGGUGAGAUUGACCAGGCCAAGCAAACGGCCAAGGUUGGCCUUGCUGUCUCUUUGGAGAUUGCUGGCGAGGAGUUGAUGGAGCAGCAGGAGAAGGCUGACCCUAACAUGAUGCCCCCUCCUUUCUAA